AUGCUAACAAAAGGAAUUAUUAGCGGGAAUAACCGGCUUAACCAAGGAGAGCAAUCUUCACCCAAAAAAUCUCAAAGGAGUGCUUCUCAUUGUAAUGAUACAAAAGAAGCUAGCGAGAUAAUUAAAGGUGUAGGGAAGGAAGACAAUACAAUUGUAGAUACGGAACAACUCUGCUACAUGUUAGCAGCAAUGGAUGCCCAAGCAAACCGAAUCUGUAAACAACUUGAAAAAAUAGAAGGAAGUGGGAAUAAGGAAGAAAGACGUCGUUCACUUAAGGGAGGAGAAAUUGCUUCAGUUUUGGAAGAAUUAGCUAGGCUUCUGAGUGAAAUGAAAGCAAUUAAGGAACAAUUGGCACAUUCUCAGAAUAUUUCCCUAACAAAAUCAAUGAUUGUUGGAAAUGUAUUAGGCGAUAACAAUACCAAUGAUUGUGGAAAAUCAAAACAGGAAUUUGAAGAUGGAUCUGGUAAACUUGUAGGGAAUUAUGUCUGUACUGUAUGUGAGGAGAAGGAGAGAAAAAUUCGCGAAUUUGAGCAAAGUUGCGAUUUUUACAAAAGAAAAAAUGGGGAAUUAACUGAGCAGGUUUUACAAAUGCGCGAUCAAUGGGCUAAAGAAUUACAAAAGGCUGAAGAAGAAGCUAACACUCAAAAAGUUUUAGCAGAAAAAGAAACAACUAGUUUGCGAAAUGCUCUAGAUAAACAAAUUACAGAAACACAAUCGACUAGGGAUUUGUUAGAAAAUACACGCGCAGAAAAUGUUACACUUCGAAAGGCAAUGGCAGAACGCGAAGCAGAAUUAUCUCAAGCAAAAGAAAAGGCUGGAGGGUUAGAAAAAGGAUUAGAUCAGAGUCGGAUUUGGGAGUCCCGUUGUAAAGAAGCUAAAGCAGAACGGAUAAGAUUACAAGCAGAACUAACCCAAUUAAGAAUGAGAACAGACGAAGCUUUGCAAGAAUUGGGUAAACAAAAAUUCGAAGAAAUUCGAGGAAAAAUUAUUUUUUUUAAAGAAAAAAUGCGUGCAACACACCAACAAAAAGAAAUUGUUUGGAUAAGAGAAAAAUUAAAAUUGGAAGAUUUAUUAAAACAAUCAAAACAACAACCGCAACAACUCUCUUCCCCAAAAACAUCCAUCGAAAAAAUAAUUCCAGUUGUUGUUCAAAUGUCUAAACCUAGCGUGAAUAUGUGUUGUUCGCCUAGCAAACAAUUGGAAAAACAAAAUGAUUUAGUUGAAAAUAAUGUGAAGCAAGAAUGUGUUAAAGUUGAUUACAAACAGAUAGCAGAUAAUGCACUACGCGCCGCCGAAUCAUUACAGCGUCAAUAUAGAGAAUAUCAAAGCCAUUACACUGCAGAAGUGGAAAGAUUAAACGCCAGAUUAAAUAAUUUAGAACGAGAACAACAACAAAAACGAUUAGAAAAAAGUGAAGAAAAGAAGUUAAGUCAGGCUUUUCCAACUUUUGGUUUACAAGUGAAUAGAAUACCCAUGGCUGAGAGCCCUUCAAUGAGUUCACUAACCGAAAACACAACUUGGGAUAGUCGUCUACUAGAUUGCUCUAUGGCACGCUCAGUUUCCCCUUUCAAAUUCCCUCGAGGAGCAUGUACUACCCCAACAUCUGUGAAGGCUUGCCGAAUGGAUAAUAUUUUGUUUAGAAGUCAAGGAGCAGAAAAAUUAAUUUCUGGAGAGUUUGGAAGUGAUGAAGACAGUACCUCUGCAAUGGCUGCGGCAAAUGCAGCUGCUAGUACUAAUAAAGCUCAUAGAGAGUAUAGAAGGACGAGCAGUUCAGGUAGUUAAAUGAACAAGAAAAUUUAACAAAAUGGGGGAAAUAAAGACGAACUCUCGCUAUAAGAAACACCCAAUACUGGAUACACACAUUUACUGGAUACCUUCUAUUUAAAAGACACCUCAUUAAAAGAUACCC